UCGAGGUGACCAGAUACUGGAGGCAGAUUCAGUGAGUCUGCGUCAUGCGGCGUUAAGUGAAGCCUACGCCAUCCUGAGCGAAUGUGGUCCAGGUCCGGUCAGCCUAAUCAUUAGUCGUCAUCCUAACCCAAAGGUUUCUGAGCAGGAGAUGGAUGAAGCAAUCGCACGUACUACCCACCGAGAGAGCAAGGAUGCCAGCUCCUCUCACGUCACAGGAGCUGUACAAAAAAGUCCGUCUCCUAGUGUGAAGGCCAAACAAGGAGAGACCUCGUCUCACCUCAGCUGGACUAUGAAACGCUUCCUGGAGCCAGCAAGCCGGGGAUCUGUCAGCUCUGAGACAGAGCUUUCCCAGUAUUUCUCACACGAUGGUACGAGCCAGCUCCCGUUUUCUGAUGCUGUAACCGGCUCCUGCAGUGAAGAGCAGCUCCGUCAGAAGAACAGAAACAGUUUGUUGGAUGAUGGCUCUCUUCUUCCUGGCAACCUGACUGCUAGAGAAGCGGGAGUGGCAAAAGCAAAUGGCCUGGCUUCUCCAACUAGUGGGAGAUCAUCCAGCCUUCACAACAAGCAUGUGGAGUCUGUCCGACCUGGCAUCCUCAGCGACAGCCCGAAAUCUGCCCGCAGCCCCUUUCAUCGACAGAGGAGGGUUGUUUUUUACGAUGGUGAUGUUAGUGAUGACGAUGAAAGUUCCUACUUGCAAAGAAGCCAGAGAGCCAAGAGCCAGGAGGACACUGGCAUUGUCAUUACAACCUCGUCUGCAGAAAUUGAUGAUGAGAGCCAAGAGAGCGAGUCACCUAGAUGUAGUGGCACGGAGACAUCCUCCCCUGUCUUCAGCAACUCUGUUGAGUCAGCGGACAGCACGCUGGAGCAAAUUGACUCUCCUUUCUUCCCCAUCAUAGCAUUCGAUUACUCAAGUGUGCCUGAAGUUCGUCUUGGCAGCCUGAGUUUGAAGGAGCUCCGGGAAGCACAACUCGAAUCUAAGAAAUCUCCAAGACUCGAGCACAGAGCAGUCACGAGAGUGAAAAGCAUGAUGAGCACUGAGUGCCGAAGCCUUCAGAGACAGAGGAUAGAGGAGCAUGGCUCUUACAACAAACCUGUUGCGAGGACGCUCCCUCACAGCAAGAAGUGUGAAGCACCUGACUGUGCCGGGCAGGGCCAGGGUGAAAUAGUCACUCUGGUUCGCAAUGAGCACGAGUCAUUUGGCCUGGAUUUGGAAAUCCAGGCGAUGCCCUUAAAGGUUGUUGUCACAGGGCUGCGGCCAGGUGGAGCAGCAGAAAUGGGAUCAAUGGGCAAGAUGGCUGUAGGAGAUGAGAUUACCACCAUCAACAGUAUCCCAGUCAGUAAGAUGACGUACGAGGAAAUCUGCUUGCUUAUGCAGUGUCUUCCCACAUCUGUAACCCUGGAGAUCCAGAAAGCAGCAUCAGCUGUCAGCAGAUUUACAAACCUCAUCCUGUCUCCAGGGGUAGACAGUCAAAAUCAGACCGAUGUCAACAGCGUCCUCACAACUGAGGAAGAAUCGAAUGCCGGGAAGCGAGAAGGAGGAGGUUUGCGAAAUGCUGGCGGCAGCUGUGCGGUGGAGAGAACAACACUGCCACCCGAUGCCACCAGCAAAGACGUGCAAAGAGGUACCAUGAAAAGCAGCCGCGCUGAGGACUGCGCUGCCAUCCCAGUCACUGACAUCGAUGAUUUGCUUAGCCAAAUGGGUGCUCCUGAGAGCAGGGCUUCACGCACUCCGUCACGAGCGGAAAGCCCCCUCCGAGAUGAGUACACUACGAUGUGCUGCUGUGGGACUGAUGAAGGCUGUCCCGGUUCUGAGCCACAAGCAGCCAAGGAGGACCUGCAGCAAAAAAAUGUGAAUUGCGGAGCUAACGCACAAGGGGUUUUGGGGCUGUCUGUUUUGGACUCCAUUAACACAGGCAAGCUUUUUACUGUGAAUAAAAACUCUUUAAAUAACUAUUCUAGGAAUUUUAGCAGUUUAAAUGAGGAUGAGUUGCCUGCAGCAAAUUCUCUGGAAGGUAAGAGAAGCGACCCGUUUCCAAAGUCUAUGUAUGGGGCUGCGGAGGAUUCUCACUCGGACACAGAGUCUGUCACGGAAACUUUUGAUAGUGCUAAUGAGGUGUUGCUUGGGCCGUGCGCUGCUGCUGCUGCUGCUAACAUCCCUGCAGUCUAUACUGUAAUGGAGUCGGAUGAGGAGCAAAUUGAGAUUUGUUGCGUGAACAAUGAGCUGCAAAAGCCUGCACAGGAGCAGCAUCUCAUAUCUGCUACAACCUCAUCCUCUCUGUCUGUACUGCAACCUCAUGGUGGCAAAGCUUUGCAAACUGAGGACUGUGCAAUGUGUGGGUCACUGGAGACAAGCAUCAACAAACUAGGCUUGGAAGAUCAAGGUGGUCCCACUCCAUGUCCCUCACAAUGUUCAGAUGUGUCCUCUACAUCCUUAUGUUCUCCUUCCUCAGUUUUCCUGCCAGAAAAAGACAUCCUAAAAAAUUCAGGCAGUAUCCCUGAAGUUUACUCUUUGUGUAACAAUGGUGCCUUAAGUACAGAAGAACAGAUGGGUUUGGGGAACAGUAACAAGCAUAUGAAAUGCUGUGAAUCCAUUGGAGAGGAAGGGUCUCUGCACUGCAAAAAUACAAGCUUUUGUUCUGCUAGAAAUGUCAAUAGCUUGGAGAACAACUUGCUUGAGAAAGAAGGAUAUGAUGGUGAGCAGAGAUCCCAAUCUGAAAGCGAAACAAUGGUUGAUAUUUGUGAUCAUGCUGUUAGUUAUUGCUCAGUGAAGAAAGAAACCAACAGUUUGUCCAACUUGUCUAAAACAGACAGCAAUCAUGUGAAUGCAUCAUCAUCAAGAGCAGUAUCACUCAGGUCUCCUUUUCCCACUAAAUCUAAAGAUCCAAAGGCUAAUACAACUCAUGACUUGCCAGGGAAAAAUGAGAAAAUUAACUCUAUGAUUUCAGGAAGGACUUCAAACGGAAAAGUCCAAAGCUCAGGCACAAAUCACUGCAAAGGAGCUGCAGUACCGCACAGCCCAUCCUUGCAGAAAAAAUCCUGUCAGGAGUCUAAGGGAAUGGCACAAAAAAGUAUAAUGGACACCCUUUUAAAUAAUCAGAAGGCCAAAGCAGGACCAAAACUAAAAGGGUUCACCAUCAAAAGCAAAGCAAAGGCAAAUAUGGAUUCUUCUGGCAUUAAUCCUACCAAAGUCUUUGGGGCUGAUCAGAAAAGGGCUUCUGUUUCUCCACAGCUGUCCCCGAAACUUCUGGGGAAGAAAACACCGUUGUCCCGUAAUUCACCUACAAACUCAGAUCCUAGCAAGAGCAUUUCAGCAGCCUCAAGGACUCUGAAGUCAGAGACAGAAAGUAAACCAUCUCUGGUCAUUUCUGGAGAUUCACUUCUGCCUCUCCUGAAUGGCACCAGCAGCCCAACAGUGAGUGGUGAAAUGAAUUGUGGCUGUGGGCAGCUAACAGACCUGCAGCAAGCAUGGGGAAAGCCAAAAGAAAAGCCUGUGGUGUGUCAGAGUAAGGGUGCUAAGGUGGAUGAUUUCAGAGCCAGAGACGGUCAGUCCAAAGUCACUUCAUCUCCUCAGGGGAUACCAAAAGUUGAAUAUGUGAAAGGGAGGACUGAGAACCCUGGAACAAGCCUGAACGCAAUCAAGAGCAUCCAUAGCACAGAUGACCUUAGGCAGUUGGAUCUGCAAAAUGUAGCACCAUCUGCUGGAGGCUCUUCUUCGUUGAGGUCCCCCUCGGUUCAUCAGGAACAGCAGGAAGGUCAAGAGAUCCAGCGCACUUUCAUUGAGGUGAAGCUUUCCUCCUCCUUGUCCUCUUCCUCCUCCUCCUCUGCCUCUUCAUCACCAGCAUCAUUUUUGCAGCUGCCGUUGCUGGAGAAAACAGAAGAGGUGAAUGCAGAAGUGCCUCAGAUGGCUGAGGAGAUGGGGACCAUGCAAUAUUUCUCAAAAGCAGACACCACCGGAGACAGAAAUCUCUGUGGCAUGUUGAAACCUGUGACGAGGACUUACUCAAUGCCAGCUCAGUUAUCGGGUCAUUUGAGGGAGGACUGCCGUAUUGCAGAGGUUCAUCCUGUGCGAGGCCCCGAGGGCCAUGCUGCAGAGGAGAAGUACCCCCAGACAGCAACAGGGAUGUUAAAGAUGGUCCAUCUGAAUGUGCCGAAUGGCCAGAGUGGGAAGGAGCAGGCGUACACCUCCAAAAGCACCCAGAGGGUCCAUGAUAUGUCCCCCUCAGCCAGUGACGUCAGCUGUCCCACCACCGAUAAGCUGAGGAGCUUCAGGAGGAAUUACUACUACUAUGAGCUGAACUGGCCACAUGAACCUACCUCAUCCUUCUCCGUCAAACAGAGGAUCAAAUCCUUUGAAAACCUGGCAAAUUUUGACCGGCCUAUCAUGAAGGCCAUCGAUAUACACUCAGCUGCGAGGUCCCCCCUCACCAGGAGGUCAUGUGGUGGGAUGGCCACCACAGCUAGCCCCACCGAGAUGCCGCGGGCCUUGCGGCGCAGCUUGAGCUCCUACGGCGGCAGCCCGAGCCCAGCCAACACCAUGGCCAAGUCCCCCACCAGCACAGAGCCCACGCAUGUGGCAGAGGGCGGCAAGGGGCAAGGAAAGCCUCAGAGGAGUGAGGAGGGUGGUGCUGGAUCAGACAUGGCCGCCUUUCCACCCUCGGCCUCACAGACACGGGGUCGGCCACCACUGUCCCGCUCCAGGCUGCGGGAACUGAGAGCUCUCAGCAUGCCCGACCUGGACAAGCUAUGUGGAGAGGGCUUCUCGGGGCCGUCGCAGCCCACCUGCUUCAAGACAGAGCUGGAAAUCACACCCCGCAGAACCCUCGGCAUGCCUGCUCAGAGUGACGCAGCCCCGCCAGCCCGCUGCGGCCUUGCUGAGGCGGGUAGGAUGGGAAUGGGUGCCAGCAGCCCUCGGGACAGCGGCUCGGGGACACCGGGGUCUGCCUCGGAUGAUGACAUGCCCCAUGGCAGCUCUGUGGAUGGGGGACACUCAGAAAACAACUGGUCCAUCAGCUUGGAUCAGCUGCUCAUCUCAAGCCUGGACCAGCAAAAACUGCAAUCUGUUUUGUCAGCAGUAGUACCAAAAUGUGACAUUGCUGCUAUGCUCCAAGAAGUCAAAGCACAAGUAAAGAGCAAAGAAGACACACACUUUGUAGUCUUGCACAAAGAAGAAGGAGCUGGCCUGGGAUUUAGUGUUGCUGGAGGAAUAGAUCUGGAACAGAAAUCAGUCACA